GUACAGGUGGUAGCCUCAGUUUAGGGAAAUCGGCAUCUCCGGGAGUCCGGCACAGAGGCUGGUGGGCCCGCGGAGCCUAGGCGGCUAUGGCAGUGGCCACAGUGGCGGCCCUACUCGCCGCACUGGCUGGUGGGCUGUGGCUGGCGGCCCGGCGGUUCGUGGGUUCCAGGGUCCAGCGGUUUCACGGCGGCAAGGACUGCGGCCUCAUGCACGGGAAGACCGUGCUGAUCACAGGGGCGAACAGCGGCCUAGGCCGCGCCACCGCCGCCGAGCUGCUGCGUCUGGGGGCGCGGGUGAUCAUGGGCUGCCGCGACCGCGCGCGCGCCGAAGAGGCGGCGGGUCAGCUCCGCCGUGAGCUCAGUCUGGCGGAGGGCCCCAGGCCAGACGCCGACGCCGGCGUGGCCGGGGAGCUCGUCGUCAAGGAGCUGGAUCUCGCCUCCCUGCGCUCGGUGCGCGCCUUCUGUCAGGAGCUGCUCCAGGAAGAGCCUAGGCUGGAUGUCUUGAUCAAUAAUGCAGGGAUCUUCCAGUGCCCUUACACGAAGACCGAAGAUGGAUUUGAGAUGCAGUUUGGAGUGAACCAUCUCGGGCACUUCCUACUCACCAAUCUUCUUCUUGGACUUCUCAAAAGUUCAGCUCCCAGCAGGAUUGUGGUAGUGUCUUCCAAACUUUAUAAACAUGGAGACAUCAACUUUGAAGACUUGAACUGUGAACAAAGCUAUAAUAAAAGCUUUUGUUAUAGUCGGAGCAAAUUAGCUAACAUUCUUUUUACCAGAGAACUAGCCCGCCGCUUAGAAGGCACAAACGUUACUGUAAAUGUGCUACAUCCUGGUAUUGUGCGAACUAAUCUGGGGAGGCACAUAAAUAUUCCACUGCUGGUCAAACCAUUGUUCAAUUUGGUGUCAUGGGCUUUUUUCAAAACUCCAUUAGAAGGUGCCCAGACUUCUAUUUAUUUAGCCUGUUCACCCGAAGUAGAAGGUGUUUCAGGAAAGUACUUUGGGGACUGUAAAGAGGAAGAACUAUUGCCCAAAGCUAUGGAUGAGUCUGUUGCAAGAAAACUCUGGGAUAUCAGUGAAGUGAUGGUUGGCAUAUUAAAAUAGAGACAGGAAGUAAAGGAGAGCUUUUUAUAAAAACUAUGUCAGUUGUAUCCAUGACCAGGAGUGGUGUGGCUUGAUCACUUGCUACUUGAAAAAACAAUUUCAGUUUUACAAUAAUACUGCUAAGAGGUACAUGUGGAUGUUCUGAAGUGACUGAACAAUUAUUAUUUCAGAGGACAAAAUUUCAUCAAACACGUCUUACAGUAUAAUGAAUAAUACAAUUAUAGUAUAUUUUUAAAAUUAUAAUUGGGUAAGCAUGGAUUACAAAUAUAGGAAAUUUAGUAACUGAAAAGUGAUACCUUGAGAAGUUUUUGACAGAUCUUUGAGUUUCAUGGCCAAAAUGUUAAAUAUUGUUGCUAUACUGCUGAUUUUUGUGUGGAAAUAAUAUACCUAGUGUGUGCACACAAUUCUUAUGUGGAAUAAAUUUGCUGGUACAUA